ACGAACUCAGGGCGAUGGCGGAACGGGUCCGCGAGGCCGAGGCUGCCGCCGAGAGGGCCGAGGAGGAGCGGGCGGUGCGCGAGGCCGCCAAGAAGGCAGCCAAGAAGGCGGCGAAGCGGGACAAGGAGAAGGAGAAGAAGAGCGGCAAGGGUCUCUGAGAGGGGUUCAAAGAGUAACACUAGAUAAUCAUGGUUCUGCUCUCCUUUCGCGACUCGGGUUUUGCACGCGCGCACACAGGCCCUCGCGACCUCACGGCUUCCCAAACACCGAACCCAGGCCCUCAGGUCCGUGGUCUCAGCAUGAGCUUCCAUCGCCUUUAGGCUUUGUCGCCUGCAGCUUCCGUUACCCCGAGCUUCCGUCGCCUCG